AUGACCGUGAAAAGCGUUCCAGCCGUCCGAAUCGUGGAAGUAGGUCCUCGAGAUGGAUUACAGAAUAUUCGAGAUUCGAUCCCGACGUCGACGAAACUGGAAUUAAUCAAGAGGUUGGAAAAGACGGGGCUGGGUACUAUUGAGUUGACAUCUGUUGUGUCGCCGAGAAGAAUUCCGCAGUUGGCGGAUUGCCGGGAUGUCCUUGGCGAUGAGGGAGUUAAGAAGAUGAGCGGGAAGGAUUUGAGACUUCCUGUCUUGGUGCCAACUGUUAAAGGGUUGGAUAUUGCAAUUGAAUAUGGGGUUAAAGAGAUCGCUGUUUUUAUCAGUGCUACUGAGGGGUUCAGUAAGGCCAAUAUCAACUGCUCUGUUGAGCAGGGCAUAGAGAGGGCGAGGGAUGUGGUCUCUCUAGCGCUGAAAUCAAAUAUUGCUGUUCGAGGCUAUGUAUCGUGCAUAUUCGCGGAUCCAUACGACGGACCAACGCAACCGGCGUCAGUUCUCCGCUGCGUGAAAGAACUCCUCGAUGCAGGCUGUUAUGAAGUCAGUCUAGGCGACACGCUAGGCAUCGGCUCCCCAUCCGAUGUGCGCAGCCUCAUGACCUUCCUUCUCGACAACGACAUUCCCCGCGAGAAACUCGCAGGCCACUUCCAUGACACAUACGGUCAAGCCGUGGCAAAUGUCUGGGAAGCAUACAACUGCGGGCUACGAGUGUUUGACUCGAGUGUAGCGGGACUCGGUGGCUGUCCUUUUGCGCCUGGAGCCAAAGGCAAUGUAGCCACAGAGGACCUGGUGUAUAUGUUCCACAAUGCGGGUAUCAGCACUGGUGUUGAUCUAUCGAAGCUCGUUGAAAUCGGGGUUUGGAUUUCAGAUCAGCUCAAAAAGCCAAAUGGCAGUCGAGCCGGGGCAGCACUUGCGAUAAAAAGCAAGUCCAUUUCAAGUGUGAGGAGCAAGUCAUCAAAAUAUCCUUCCCUUCAAUGGAACCUCACAAAGGAGGCAAAGGGACUGCAGCUUUAUCAGUCAGGAGUCAAUCUCAAGAUCGUCUUGAACCGUCCAAAAAAUGGCAAUGCAUUGACAGCACCCAUGAUCUCAGCUCUGACAUCCGUGGUGACAAGGGCGAGUAAAGAUCCGCAGAUCUCGCGCAUUAUUAUCACCGGGAAUGGUAGGUUGUUCUGCACAGGGAUGGACCUCGGAAAAAGGAGCACGCCAGUUGCACAAGGCGGUUCAGCCAGCGAUGCCCAGUUUCACCGCUUGAGUGGCUUAUUUGAGGCCAUUGAUCAAUCCCCCAAAGUGACUAUCGCCUGUUUGAAUGGGCCAGCAUUCGGAGGCGGUGUCGGCCUAGCAUUUUCCUGCGAUAUAAGACUCGCUACACGGGAUGCAUCCGUGACGCUAAGCGAAGUGAAGCUUGGGCUCUGUCCUGCCACUAUAUCGAAAUAUGUUGUUCGGGAAUGGGGCGUUCCGUUUGCUCGUGAAGCCAUGUUGUCUGCACGUCCGGUUUCAGUUGAGGAACUUCGAGCGCGGGGUCUUGUCUUUGAUGUGGCUGAUGGCGCAGAGGAGCUCAGUGCGAGGUUGGAUAUACUUUUGUCACGGUUGAAGGUUGCGUCUCCUGAUGCUUCUCGGAUGUCGAAGGAGCUUGUCAGACUUGGAUGGGCCCAUGCUGGGAGGGAUGAACAGGUGACUGGAAUAAAGGAGUUGUUUGAAGAAAUGAUGCGUGUUGAUGCUGAUGGUGCGCAUGGUGUGAAGGAAUUUCAGGCGGGACGGAAGGUGGACUGGGAUGCUUUUACUCAGGGAACGUCAAAGUCCAAGCUGUAG